ACUGAGACCUGAUAAAGGCCCUUGAGCACUCAGUCUGCAGUACAACACUACUCUCUGAACAAGGCUGUUGUCUCUCCACUCAUACGGCGUAAACAGCGGAGUCAUGUUGCUUCUAACUCUGCUCUUCGUGUCUUCGGCUGUAGCUACUCCUCUGUUGGGAACAGAGCAGUGCGCCCGUGGCCCCCCCUACUGGUGUCAGAAUGUAAAGACCGCCUCUCUCUGUGGAGCUGUGCCUCAUUGUCAACAGAACGUAUGGAAUAAACCCCAGCUGAAAACUGUACCAUGUGACUUGUGCAAAGAAGUUGCCAUUGUGGUUGAGCAGAUUUUGAAGGACAAUGCCACAGAGGGUGAGAUUCUUGGAUACCUGGAGAAAGCCUGCCAGCUCAUCCCAGACGAGGGCUUGACUGCACAGUGCAAAGAGAUAGUGGACAGCUACUACCCCAUCCUGAUUGGUAUCAUUACUGGAGAGCUGUCAGAUCCCGGUGUGGUGUGUGGAGCGAUGGGACUGUGCCGCUCUGAGGAAGCUGCUCUGGCCGAAGUACAGGCCAAAGAACGACUCCAGUCCAAUGAAAUCCCCCAAGUGGAUCUGUCCCAAGCUGUUAGCCCAUUGCUGCUCAAUAUACCCCAACUCCUCUACCCCCAGGAGAGCCCCAAAAAGGAAACGUCCAAACAGGAUAAUGACCUUGUUUGUGACGACUGCAUCAAGUUUAUCACAGAUGCUCAAGCAGCAAUCAAAAGCAACAGCUCGUAUGUCGAUAGUAUGAUUGCCAAAAUCGAGCAACAGUGCGACCUUUUGGGACCUGGUCUAUCUGAUAUGUGCAAGCAGUACAUCAGCCAGUAUGCACCGCUUGUUGUUGAGCAGUUGCUGUCAAUGGAUCCAAAAGAGCUCUGUUGCGACGCUGGUUUCUGCAGUUCUAUGAAGAAGUCUGUCCCAAUGUUGGGUCUGCUGCCUGCCAUGACCAAACCUGCUGCUAAAAGUAUCCCGGCUUUCAAGAUGGUCCCUGCCACAAAAGUAGAGGGCAACAAGCGUAUGAUCAGAGUGCGUGAUUCCCCAACAUGUGCGAUCUGUGAAUUUGUGAUGAAGCAGCUGGAGGCAAUGCUGGAAGACGAGACAACAGAGGAGGAGGUGAUUCAGGCUGUAGAGAAGGUGUGCACAAUGCUGCCCUCCUCUCUGACCGCACAGUGCCAGGACCUGAUUGAGACGUACGGCAAAGCCAUUAUUGAACUCCUCGUGCAGCAGGCCGACCCCAAAACUGUCUGCACCGUUCUGGCACUCUGCUCCGGUUCCAGCGGCAAAUAUAUUGCUGCUAUCGAUCAGACUCGUUUCAAGGUUGGGGGAUACUGUGACGUGUGCAAACUGGCAGUGAACUACAUCGAUGGAAUUUUGGAGCAGAAUGCCACUGAGGCUCAGAUUGAAGAGGCAGUGAAGAAGGUCUGCAAUUUCCUGCCUGAUUCUUUUCAGGACGAGUGUAACCAGCUGAUCGAGCAGUAUGAGCCAGUGCUUAUCCAACUUCUGCUUCAAAUGAUGGAUCCUGAGUUUGUGUGUAUGAAAGUGGGAGCCUGCCCUGAAGCUGUGAAGAGGCUGCUGGGAACAGAGCAGUGCAGCUGGGGACCCAAAUUCUGGUGCCAGAGCAUGGAGACGGCCACUCGCUGCAAUGCUGUGGAGCACUGCAGACGUCACAUGUGGUAGAUGAAGUUGCCAAAAACUGACCUAUAUGUUGGGAAUUUAAAAAAAAAAAAAAAUACUGUAGCUGCUUUCCACUUUUAAUUUGUCUUUUUUAUUGAAUUAAACAUGUAAAUUAACAUGGGAUAUUUUUUAAUUAUGUCAGAGUGGAAAGGGACUAAAUGUGUUUCCAGACAGAUUUGAGAGCUGUGAUUGUGGAACCAGAGGCCAAAUGCUUCUUUCUGCAAAAAUCUUCUGCUAUGGCAACAAAACUUCACUGGAUUGUUUUGUUUUUUGUUUUUGUUUCUGCAAGUUAUAAUGGCAAAUGAAUCUUGUUUUUGAGUGUAUAUAAAGAAAUUAAAUAGUUUUACUAUGUGAAAGAGCACCUCACGUUGACUUUUGGAAGUUUGCAAUUGCAUUUUCUUUGGCAACAUGGACUGUUCAGAAAUGCAUAUGUUCAGUGUAUAAUGAAAGGCAUUACAGUGACAUUAUAGGAUUUCCAAUUUGUCAAAGGGUCUGAAAAUUUCUCAUCUCAUUGUUUGCACUGUUUUAUAAUCCUUUUAGUCAGGUCGAAACCAUUUAUUCUCCAAACCCUAAAUCAUCCAUUAUUCAACAUACAUUUUAACAAUAAAGUGAUCAAAGUUU